GAUGGCGGCGGCGGCGGGGCGCGGGCUGCUGGCGGCGGGGCUGUUCCGCGGGCGGGUCGCCAUCGUCACCGGCGGCGGCACCGGCAUCGGCAAGGCCAUCGCCGCCGACCUGCUGGCGCUAGGUUGCAGYGUUGUUAUUGCCUCUCGUAAAUUUGACCGAUUAAAAGCUGCUGCAGAAGAACUGAAUAGUAGAUUUUCUUCCAUGAGUCCUGCCAAAGUGACUCCCAUAGAGUGCAAUAUCCGCAAAGARGAAGAGGUAGAAGCUCUGGUGAAGUCUACACUGAGUCUGCAUGGGAAGAUUGAUUUCCUGGUGAAUAAUGGAGGGGGACAGUUUGCAAGUCCUUCUGAAGCCAUCCGUGCAAAAGGCUGGAAUGCCGUGAUAGACACGAAUCUGACUGGGACCUUCUAUUGUUGCAAAGCAGUGUACAAUGCCUGGAUGCAGGAACAUGGAGGAGCCAUUGUCAACAUUACUGCUGCCGUGAGAAAUGGCUUUCCUGGAAUGUCGCACACAGGAGCUGCCAGAGCUGCAGUGAAUAACCUAACCAAGACUUUAGCUUUAGAAUGGGCUCACAGUGGAGUAAGAAUCAACAGCAUUGCUCCUGGACUGGUAUUUUCGGAAACUGCUGUUGCGAACUAUGGAGAACAAGGUGUAAUGAUGUGGUUAAAAAGCAUACCAAAGGUUCCUGCAAAGAGAUCRGCUGUUCCCGAGGAGAUCUCUCCUGCAGUAUGCUUCCUACUGUCUCCAGCUGCAUCAUUCAUAACUGGGAUAACCAUGGUCGUGGAUGGUGGCCAGAGUUUAUACAGCCAUACCCUAGAAAUACCUGAUCAUGACAGAUGGCCCUCACCACCAGAAGGAAAAAAUACUGAAAUGAUGAAAAAGCUGCUUUAUGGCGAGUUCAAGCCAAAGUUGUAAAAGAAAGAGAUUUUACCUUUUUCCCAGUUGCACACUUGCUGAUAAUCUCACUUUGUGAUUUGRCCUUAUUACUCUCAGUAAUAUUUUUUUUUGCUCAUAUGUCUACAUUAAGUGCCUUGAUUUUUGUUGGUUUAUAUUUAAAACUUUUGAAAGGGUUUACAUAGUACAUUUCUUCUCUGAAAACACUCAGUCUUUUGGGAWGGAAAAGAUAUAAAAGACAAAUUAAGCAUUAAGUAAUGAAGAGUCCCAGGCAGAAGUGAAUAAAAAGAAUAUUUAUUUUGAAGUGAAGGUAGGCAAGAGGGAAUCCUUCUAUUGUUGAUGAAUUUAGGGAGAAGGUAAUUUAAAUCUUUUACUAUUAUUUGCAUCAGUAACCCGUGGGGCAGAUAUUAGCUCUACACUAUUUCUGUUCAGCCACACACUGASUGUUCAUCAGUGGUUUAAAAGACCAAGUAGAGUAGUUAUUUCUCUGAAAAGAAUUAAAUAUAACAUGGAAUGCUGUUAUUAAUGUUUCMAACUAUUAUGGCAUAUCCUAUUGGGAAUGUUUUGAAUUGUUUGCAGAUAUAAUGACAUAAUGGAAUUAAGCUGGCUGCAACUUAAAUUUGAUAAUAGAAUAAGAAGAUAAUAAAUGCAGUGGUGGAAAACAGUAUAGAUUCAACAUUUUAGCAUGCAAAAUCUGCAGUGUAUAUUGCAGUGCUCUCUGCAGUAUGCUAUACUAGUAAAGGAGAAAUUUGGAAUUCUUCAUUUACCAAUUAAAAUGCCUUCUACCCAURCAUGUGUGUUGUCCUACAAUGUUAACAGAAUUUUGUAUAUUACUGUCUCUAGGUGUGCUAUUUGUGAACAAUGCAGAAAUGCCAUGUACAAACCAGAAUCUUGGGAUGCAUCACUUAAAAGAGGCUAAAUUUGUAAUUUUUUAAUUCACUUUAAGACAAAUGUUCCCAUGUCUGCUAACUUUAGGGAAAAUAUAAAAAAUAAGUAAUGASUGUGUUUGUUUGCUGUAACAAGUGAAAUUCAUGGAAUCAAGUUGCUGCUAUAAAAGGGAACUUUUAAUACUUCAUUUUGGACUGAAUGUAAGAAUCUGACAGUUGUUAGUUCUCUGUAAAACGUUUGAUCUUUGUGUCUUUCAGUAAAAGAUSUAUUCUUAUAUGCAUACAUGUAGAUUGCUUUUUCAUGAAAAUUAAAUGAAUGCCAGUUUUGGGGCAAGGAGGA